AUCUUGUCAUUAUCACUUCUUGACAUUGUUCUGACUAAUAACUUUCGAUUUAUUUCGUCUGUUACUGUUACAGAAUUCUGUUUUGAAUAAUUCAAGAUCCCUUAUACCUGCAACUGAACCCCUAAAAACAAGUAUAAAUCUAUUUGACCCCCGCAGGGCGUUAAAAACCCCAACGAAUUUCGCCGGAAUACCAUCAUCGUGUCUGAUGGAAGUUUGGAGCAGAACAGACGCAAUGGGAAGCGCAGGUAAGCGACUGAAGGCCAUAUGGUUACAUUGAUAAUAGUUUGAAGCAAAUGUCAGGCUCUCAUCUAAACGACCCCGGUGGUAUCUCAAAUUAAUCCAACUUUGGAAAGUAUCGACCACUUCAAAUUAGCACCCCAUUCUUACGUACUGGCUAUGAGCCAACUGGAUCAGGAUCAUGACGGUUUGAAAGAGCACAUGUUUCUUGUCAGUAACGAUGGUACCGUGCCCAUUGAAGUUGAAAUAGUACCCGAAGGUGACAAAGAGUUGAGCCAACCUCUUAUAGUCCAAGUCGAUCCAAACGAAACUCAACCUAUUGCACGUAGUCCUGAACUCACCAACACUGUUUUAAAAGUUAUCAACAAAAAUGACGAAGAAGCCGUUUUCUCAGCACGAGGAGGAAAAAUUUUGAGCGAGGAUUUGAUGUCUACUGUUCAAAAAAUAACCGAAAAAUAA